CAGUGUAGUGCGGUGCGGAUUCAGCCCGCCAACGUCUGCCCUUAUUACUGCACAGAAUCGGGAUAAUCUUCACAAGGUGAAUCAUGUUGCCACUAAAAUUGGUGUUGUGCACAGUCUCUGUCCUUUGUGGCUCCGGUAUUUGUCUGGCGUACGUCGUUAAGCGGUCUGGAAAAGCGGAGUCUUCCGACGAGCCUCGUUCGCGUUCCUCAGGUCCUCAGUUGGACGUGCCCUGGGACAGCUCCUCAGGCUCCUGCAAAAACAGGUGCUUUGAGCUGCAGGAGGUGGAGCAGCCCAACUGCCGCUGUGACAACCUCUGCAAAACCUUCAACAGCUGCUGCUCUGACUUCGAUGAGCACUGCCUGAAGACGGAGGGGGGGUUCGAAUGUAGUAAGGAGCGGUGUGGGGAGAGCCGAAAUGACCGGCAUGCUUGCCACUGCUCUGACGACUGCCUGGCCAAAGGAGACUGCUGCACCAACUACAGGACUCUCUGCAAAGGUGACACACCCUGGUUGCAGGAAGAGUGUGAGGAGAUUAGGAGCCCUGAAUGUCCUGCUGGGUUUGUUCGUCCGCCGCUCAUUAUGCUAUCUGUUGAUGGCUUUCGUGCCUCUUACAUGAAGAGGGGAAACACAGUGAUCCCCAACAUUGAUAAACUGAGAACUUGUGGAACCCAUGCACCAUACAUGAGACCAGUCUACCCCACCAAAACAUACCCAAACCUGUACACCAUUGCAACGGGUCUUUACCCUGAAUCCCAUGGCAUUGUGGGUAACUCCAUGCAUGACCCCGUCUUUGAUGCAACGUUCACCCUUCGGGGGAAAGAGAAGCUCAACCAUCGCUGGUGGGGAGGACAACCCAUCUGGAUCACCUCUUUGAAGCAGGGUGUAAAGGCAGGUACCUUCUUCUGGCCUGUAAUGAUUCCACUGGAGAGGAGAGUGUUAACCAUGCUGCACUGGCUUCACCUCCCAGACACAGAAAGGCCAUAUGUUUAUGCCAUGCACUCAGAGCAGACAGACACCUAUGGUCACAAACUGGGACCCAACAGCUCUGAGCUCAACAGCCCUCUGAGAGAUGUCGAUAAGGUGGUGGGACAGAUCAUGGAUGGCUUGAAACAGAUGAAACUCCACAGAUGCGUUAAUAUCAUCAUGGUGGGAGACCAUGGCAUGGAAGAAGCCCACUGUGACCGCACAGAGUUCCUCAGCUCCUACAUGUCCAGCGUCGAUGACAUCAUCCUGAUCCCCGGUUCCCUCGGUAGAAUCCGAGCUCGGCAGCCCAACAACCCCAGAUAUGAUGCAAAAACAGUGGUGGCUAAUCUCACAUGCAAAAAGCCUGACCAGCACUUCAAGCCUUACCUGAAGAAGAACCUGCCCAAACGCCUUCACUAUGCCAACAAUCGCCGCAUUGAGGAGAUUCACUUGAUGGUGGAGAGAAAAUGGCACGUUGCCAGGAAGGCUCCUGAGGGGAGGCGGCAUCCGGGCAAGUGUGGUUUCUCGGGCGACCAUGGAUAUGACAACAAGAUCAACAGCAUGCAGACCAUCUUCCUUGGAUACGGGCCAAUGUUCAAAUUCAAGACGAAGAUACCACCAUUUGAGAGUAUCGAGCUGUAUAACAUCAUGUGUGACCUGCUGGGCCUGAAGCCAGCCCCAAACAACGGCACCCAUGGCAGCCUGAAUCACCUGUUGAAAAGUCCCAUCCACAAACCAAGCAUGCCCGAAGAGGUCUCCAAACCCACGCCCACCGCGCCUGUCAUAGCUGUCACGGAUGAGCUGGGAUGCACCUGUGAUGAAAAGUUGCGUUCAAAAAAUAGAAGGCAGAGGGCAAUGAAAGUGGCACUUGUAAGAGGCCAUAACCUGGAGUCAUUCUGGCUCUGUCUCUUACAGAACAAAGUGGAGGAGCUCAAUCAACGUCUGAGACAAGUUAUGGAUGACAGCAAGAAUCUUCCUUAUGGCCGGCCAGCAGUCUUGUACCGUACGAAGUACAGUAUUCUCCAUCACAGUGACUACAUCAGCGGCUACAGCGAGGUGCUCUCCAUGCCCAUCUGGACCUCCUUUACUGUCUCAAAACAGGUGGAAGUGGCAACCCUGUCUGAGGAUUUGAGUAACUGCUUGAAGCCUGAUGGCAGAGUGGCAUCAGCCCACAGCCAGUCCUGCACCAGCUACCGAGCUGACAAACAGCUCUCUUACGCUUUCCUCUAUCCACCCCAGUUGGGCUCCACUCAGGAAGUGAGAUAUGAUGCCCUGCUCAUCACCAACACCGUGCCGAUGUACCCGGCCUUUAAACGGUUGUGGGGAUAUUUCCAGAAGACUCUGGUGAAGAGGUAUGCAAGUGAGAGAAACGGACUCAAUGUGGUUGUCGGUCCCAUCUUUGACCAUGACUACGACGGCCUUCGAGACUCGGCCGAAAAGAUCAAACAGUUUUCCAGUGGAUCCAUGUAUGUCCCCACUCACUUCUUCAUUGUGGCGACAAGUUGUCUGGACUAUGCGCAGACAGUGGACUCGUGUGACGGCCCUCUGAGCGCCUUCGCCUUCAUCCUGCCACACCGAGCAGACAACGAUGAAAGCUGCAGUAGCGCGGAGGAUGAGUCCAAGUGGGUGGAGGAGCUGAUGAAGAUGCACACGGCGCGCGUGCGAGAUGUGGAGCUGCUGACGGGACUCGACUUCUACCGCCGUACCAUGCUGAGCUACGUCGAGAUCCUCUCGCUAAAGACAUACCUGCACACAUAUGAGAGUGAGAUCUGAACCACUAUCCUCUGCACUAGUCGGCCCAAGACCCUGCCCACGCCCGACAUCCUGGUCCUGCCCAACACACAGGUCCCACCCCACACCCAACACCCUGUCCCCAACCAACACCCCAUCCCACUGUGCUGCCCUGCUCCCUGAGAUAGUCAGGUGUAUAUUUUUAUAAGAGCUGUCAUAUUUAUUGUCUUUCAUGGUUAAUCUUUAAGUAUAACUUUUCAGCGAUUUCCCUCAGUGAAUUACAUGCUUGAUUGGGUCCCCUUUUAAUGAGUAAUGUAAUCUGAGUGUGCAAGUGUGUAGUUUUUUUCUUCUUCUUUUUUUCCCCCCUGAGUUAUGAGUGAGCGCUGUGUUUUAGUGAAUGCCAUUAGGCUUGAGAAAUUGGAGAGUGAGUGAGGAAAUCUGUAUUGUAUAUUAUAAUGGGGCUUUUAAUAUUGUUUUUCAACUUGUACCACUUGUGUGAUGCCUUAAAUGAAUUUUAUUACAUUAAACACUUUUAUACAUAAUUAGUCUACAUCCAAAUUGUUUUGCGGGAAAUAGCAACGCCUGGUGGUGAAUUGGCAAUUUAUCAAAUUAUGCAAUUCCAUCGCCAUGUGGGAACUAAUUAGACCCAUUUAUUUUUACCUCAUGGUAUUGUUUCUGAGUGUCCCCUUGCCCCUUGGGACUGAGUUAGUGGUUGAUAUCUUGCCCUAUGAUAUGGGACAACCUUUCAAAAACCCGCUAUGUAAUCAGUAAUCUUUGGUUUCAUACAUUAAUCAGUCAUCAAACAAAAAAAAAGAACACUGCUUUAUUAUCAAGCUUCUAGUGAUACACUGUAGGCAACCCUGCCAGUCUGCAUAAAAUUCAGCAACCUCGCUGCAGGAUUUUGUUACAUUUUAGGCAUCAUUUGCCUUCAAAGGGGGGAAUAUGACAUGAAAAUAUGUCAAAAUGUGGGACUGUCAUGCACAAAUCAGCAAAAACAGUGUAAAGUUACCUAGCAAGGUAGCUACCGAAACACCGGCAUACUACUAGCAAUUGGUUUUAUGCUUGUUAUGAAGUAAAGGACCAUAUUACAUUGAAAUUACAUUAAACUGAGAUAUUGCAAUGAUUAUCAUAAACCAUGUGACACAGAACUGGGAUUUAGGCACAUCAGUGCCAUGCAUUAUUCUUAUAAACAGGGAAGCUGAU